AGUGUUGAUCAGCUGUUUGAAGAUGCAAUGGUUGCUAGGUAACACAAACAGCAUGGCGGGGUAAUCAAUCAACGAAGUAUAAAUAGCAUGGAGACAACAGUAAAGUAGGCGGAGUACAUGUAGAUAGUGUCAGUAGAUAAUGCAACAUAUGUUGACACGUCUGAUCGAGAUAAAAAAAAUGACUGUGAUUCGUAACGCAAAGAUUAACGUUUAUCAAACUUCUGUUGAGGUGCACAAAUAUCGUGCUUGAUUUUGAUGACAUACAUGGACCAAGUACAAUAAAGAUGGUUCUUGGCAGCCAGUCUACAGACUCCGGCCAUAGAUAUAUAGCAAAAAUAUGUGGUUUCUUCGCGCCUGCUUUCUUCCCUCCUCUUCAUAUUGGCGUCCUGUAUUAUUUCUGGAACCAGUACGCCCGAAAAGUUGACAGACAUUUCUGUUCCUGCUCUUGCUGGGAUACAGUAUUUAAAGGUACGUACGAGUCGGGCAUCGCCUCGUACAAGCACAUGUACUUCAACGCGACGUCCAACACGCUCAAGAUGUGGGUGGUGACGGUGUUGUUCGUGCUGGGGCUGUACGAGUGCGUGCGCUACCUGGCACUGCUGGCCCUGCAGCACCGACUGCGUGCCUCCAUGCUGGUGCUCUUCCUGUCCUCCAUCUUUGCGCACUACUAUGCGUGGUGGGCGUACAUAAACUACUGGAACGACGAGUUCUACUCGCAGUGGAACCACCAGCUGUUCUUUACCGUCACGGAGCUGGCCUCGACCGCCCUCGUGUUGCGCAUGGCGGACGCCAGCUUCUCUGUGACACCCCGAGCAGCUUUUGGGGUGGCGGCCAUCGCGACCCUGCACCUCGUUACUGGUGCACGUGACCAGUUUGUCGAUAAUCUCGUGCGUGGUGCGGGCCACACUCACCAGGUGGUCCGUGACUUGGGUCUCAUGGUGCCAGAUGUGUUGCACCUGGUGCUACCGUUGGUGGAACUGGCGCGCAGCAAGCACCGCGCGUCGGCCAGUUUCGGCAGCCAGCUGCGCCGUGAAAUGACGGGCCUCGUCCUGCUCGUCGUGGGCGGCUUCAUCGUUUGUGAGCAGCUGUAGUCUGGCUCUGGGUCGGGGUUUGCCUGACCCCACACGGCAGAUUCUGAUACUAAAUUGUGUGCUGCAUUUAGUUCUGGGUUUGCUACACUUCUUGCAUCUUGGAGCAGAUUUAGUGUAUUUUGUUGAACUCCACAUGUCUCCUCAGAAGCCUUUUGCUCCAGGUCUGGGAGGUGGAAGUAUGCUUAUUCACUAAGGAAAUUAGUUCGUCACUUAAUGCUCUUCAUUUCUCUUCCAUAGAUUGUCAACCAAUGUUCUCUCAUUUUAUUUAAGGAGCUUACAUGCCCAUUUAAAAAAUUAGCGAGCAAACUGUCGAGUUUAUCUGGGAUAAUAUUAUUUCUUCUUCCAAUAUUUCGACUGAUAAUUGUAUAGCAAUCGUUGAGGUGAGUCGCUGGCAGAAUUUAAAACAUAUUUGGCUAAAUACUGUGGAGUUAACAGUUUGCUUGCUAGUUUUUUUUACUAUUUUGUAGGUAGUUUUACCCUUUUAUUCUCUUGACUAGUACAAUAUUUUGUGCAAUUACGUUCUGGAAGUAUUACAAAAUAGUACCUGCUGAUACCAUCCUUCUGCUUUGACCCACAAUGUCAGCAAAUUGGACAUACAACACUUGUCAGAAUCCGAUAUGGGAAAAAUUUAUGAUGUUACAAGAAUUAUAGUCAGUCUUGUAAUGCCACAUUUGUCGGAUUUUUCAACUCGCAACCAAAUUGUCACCUUCCAGUUAAACCGAGGCCACGAGUUAUGCUACAGAUCAGUUUAUCACCAUAACCUAAGGUUGUAAAAAUAGUACAGAAACAAAAUAAAUAUUGCCAGUGUCCUGUACUGUCUCACUUAGCACUCUUAUUUCAACAUGUGCCAUAACAAUUUUACAUCACAGAUCAAAGCUGGCGUCUGGUGUCAGUAUGUUCAACUCACCACAGAUGUUUGCGGUGCCUUACUUAGCACAUAGAAAUUGUGAUUCUUGAAGUUUUACUAGCAGAGAUAAUGUUCGAUGAGGUUUUAGGAAUACAGCCGAUUCAUCGAGCCAUCCUACAAAACGUGUGUAGUAUAAGACAAAUGGCACAACUGGUUCUUCAGGGAAGUAAAUGUAAUGUAGCUGUGUAUAGUGUCUUUAUAGGUCAUCUAAUGAAACAUAACAUUCUGGUUACAGGCAAUGCCUCAUCUUUUGGGAAUUUGUGCUAAGAAAACAGUUGCAAUACUGCAUACAUCACUUAAUGUAAAUGUCGUGUGACUAGGGCCUUCCGUCGGGUAGACUGUUUGCCAGGUGCAAGUAUUUUGAUUUGAUUCCACUUCGGCAACUUGCACGUCGAUGGGGAUGAAAUGAUGAUGAUUAGGACAACAGAACACCCAGUCCCUGAGUGGAGAAAAUCUCUGACCUAACCAGGAAUCGAACCCAGGUCCAUUGUUAGAAAAAGAGCAAGAGCUUGAAAGCUGUGUGAAUAAUGUUUUCUGUUAUGUAUCAUAAAUCAGUCUAUAUAAGUGAGUGGCUGCCUUUCAUUUACUUUACUUUACUUUACUUUACAUAAUUAAAGAAAAUUACAUUUACAAAGCCACCCUAAUGUUACUCCAUGGCAGCAUGUGCGUGUUUUCAUUUGGAUGCUGCAUGGAGAUUGGUUCAUUUUACCUUCUCUGUAAGAAGAAUUUUUGCUCUGAAAUUUCACUAUUGGGUGUCCUGAUGCCUGCCACUCACUUCAGUGGCCUGCCUGGAAGAAAUAAAUGUGAAUUGCCUAAAAUGACUGGAAAGUUCCUAAUUGAAACGUUGAUCUGGGAAAUACUAAUGAUAUGGCUGCACUCCCAAUACCUCACCAAACGUGCUGAUGCAGUGUCUAAAAUGUACGGUAUAGCAUAGUGGCCGCAAGCACACCUUUUUUUUUUUAUAUGCCCUCCAGUUACUUAAUUCUUCUCAGCCUCAGAGUACAUUCCUGUAGCUGUUUGCUGUUGUGCCCAAUUCUGUAAAUCAUCUCUCAUUCCUGAUUUGCCACGGAUUCUCUUUUGUGAAUGUGUGUAAAAUAAAAAUAGAUGUCACCCUUACAGGUGAGAAAUUUUUAAUUUUGUUCAUAAGUUUGUGCAAUAAUUUCGUGUUAUGUUCCAGCCUGUCAGCAGUAUUUUUCCUUAUAGCUAUUUCUUGUUAUUUAUAUAAAUUUGCAGUUUUUGUUUGGGGAUAAUUGUUACAUUUAUCGAGAACAUAAUUUUCAAUGUUGUCAAGUAUUACCGUGUCUGUAAUGGAGGCCGUCCAGUGUAACUUACAUGUAUAUUUUGCACUAUGUGAUUUGUACAUAAGGCUUAAAAUGAACAUAGUUUAUAUUUAAUGCAUAUUACUAUUUAUCUGAUCAUGUUAUUGUUGUUAGCGUGUCAAUUGUUCCAUAUUGAGCAUAUUACUCCUAUUUUUACCUUUCUAUCUUUGUGUUAACAAAAUAACAAGUAACAGUAUUUGAAAGAAAAUACCAGGAAUAAUAAUAAUAAUAAUAAUAAUAAUAAUAAUAAUACUGGCGGUAGUUUAAUUGUAUUGAACUGAUGACCUGUCUUCAACUUUUAAGGUUAUUGCCAGCAUUUUUAGGACAGUCCAUUGGACUUUGAAAACUUUAAAGCAACGGUUAUUCCUAACAUAUAUCCGUAAACAUCGAAUUCUGAGACAAAAAGAAUCCACUGACACUCUAUUCGAAUACGGAUGUAUGAAACAGCUGUGCUAACUCUUACUCUUCCAGUGUACAUGUUACCUGUGUUCUUUCCAAGGAGUGUCUUUUGCUCUCAGGUUUCUGUUUCACAAGUGUAUUCUGAAGCUUAUUGUGGUCUUCCUUUUUGUUAAAUGUAUAUAUUGAUUCUUCAUUCUGUCAGUUUGUAAGGUUGCCUCAGAUAUUUUACUUGUAAACAGAAUUAUUCUCUAUAGUCACUGAUAUUUUUAGAUGGAGUUGUCACAGUUGUUCAUAAGAACUGUGCUUGUGAUUCACUAAAUGAAAAUUGCAAAUUCUUUGUUUUUUUCUGACAGUCAGAGCAGACGACUGCGGUUUUUAACAGAAGGGGCACUACAUUACUAGUGUUCCACUACAGUUUUUCCCUGCUCAUCACUGGGCCAGGUUUGACUGUCAUCAAAGAUGAUAAUUUGCAGAAAACACAAAAAAAGUACAUGACAGUUAUUAUGGUGGGAAUUUAAUGUUUGUAGUUUGUAUACUAUAUAUGUACAGUGACUUACUCCAUCACAGUAAUGCCUGUUCUACUGACAUUUAAUUACUUUCUCAGGGUUUUGCUUUUGGUGUGUCUGUGCCAUCAGAAAUUAUUCUAAUCAAGUGCAUGAAGGUAUUUUGUUUUCGGAUAAAGUAACUGGAUAGACAAAAAGAUCUACUCACUACUUGCUGCAGGACGACACACAGAGAGAGAGAGAAGCUUUUAGGUAUGCAAGCUUUCGGAACCAGUGGCUCCUUCUUCCGGCAGAAGAGUUGAAGGAUAUGGAAGAGGGACGAAGGAAUUUUUCUUCAACAAUAAUAAGAAAAUGUAGAUCUUUUAUCUAUCCAGUUACUUUAUUUUGUAAAAAAAAAAAAAAUUUAAAAAAUCACUAUUUGUGUUUGUUGUAGCACUUAAUAUUUUAUCAUAUUUUAUCAUUGCACUGAAAUAUAGUAACAUCGUAUAGAGAGGCCUAUUUUGUAUAUGGUGUUUAUUUAUAAAACAAAUAAUUUGUUGUCUUCAUGUUUACUGUGUGUGUGGCUUUUUUUUUAUAUAGGAAGAAUGUGGUAAUCCCACAGUGCUGGGUAGGCAAGGGUCAUAAAGGAGAUGCUGGUAUGCCGUAUUUAUUUAUCUGAUCAACCUUUCUUAUAUAACACACAUAGCAGCAUCAUUUCGAUCACUGCACUGCACACAGCUUGUGAAUCUGGUUAUGUUAUGGAUAAAUACAAAAGUCUGGUGCUAUAACAUACAGAGAAAUGACAGGGAGCUCAUUAAUUCCCCCAUGAAUAGUGAACUUCUGUCAACAGUGAAUUAAACAAGAUCCGUGUAAAAAUGCUUGCUACUGCCGCUCUUUCUCUGACAGGCUCUUUCUGAAAAAUUACUUGUAGCAGUGGAAGCCAUCAAGUUGAAUACCACAUUUUGGAUAUGACUUACUGACCUUAGUAUCUUAUAUUUGGUCUUCUCAGUAGGCUGCAUGUCAGGGAUCUUUUCUUUUUUUUUCAUUCCUUUAUUUAUUUAUUCUUUGGCUUCUGCUCUUUAACUACUUGCAGAAGACUUUAACUUUAUCACAUACAAUUUGAUUUCUCCUUAUUCUUCUCCUGUAUCGUGUUUGUGUCUUUCCUGAAAAGGAGACGAGCUGUUAUACCUUUCCUCUUUGUGUGUGUCAGUCUAUUCCGUCCAAAACAGCCAUCCAAGAUUGACAUAUGGUCUAGUUUAAUCAUUUUUUUGCAUGGCUUUAACAAGGUAUUGUGAAGCCGGCAUGUGAUUUUUAAAUGAUCAAUAAGAGUGAUAAACACAAGCUUUUUUGUAUAUUACAAUUAAGUGCUAAAUAUUUGGAGAGAAAUAUCCAGUGCUUGAUUUGAUAGUAUGCCAUACCUGUACCUGUGGCCAAAAAAGCAUUAAAAUAAUGUUUCAAGACAUCUAAAUUAAAAAAAAAAAAAGAAAUGCCACAAGGCCACAGUACCAGAACCUCUGUUUUUACAAAUCAAGCACAGCAUUGAUCAAUAAUAGUCUUAAAAAUGCUAUGAUCCGUGUGACUACAGCAUCAAUAAAUCUUUGCAAUAUACAUACAUUUUUGUAACUGAACUGCGUGAUGUAUAUGAGAAUUUAUAUUUUUUUAAAAUGGAAAAAAUGUGAUUAUUAUGAAUGCCAAAUGUGUCACUUUCAUAAAAGAAGUAAUUAACUAAUAUUCAUCACUUGACUGCACUCAAAAAUUGAGAGAGAAAAUAAAAAUGUAUAUAUUUUGCUAUUAAUUUGUGUGACCAUUAUUUUCCUGUUUUUUGGAAUAAUUUUUUGUAUCAAGUUGUUCAAAUGUACACAACAUGUUACAUGUAAAAUGUGUAUUAGAAGGCAUUUAUCAUGGAAAUAGCUGCAUGUCAUGGUAGUCAUAUUUUUAGGCAUGAGAGCUUUUGGAUUGGGGGGUUACUUAAAACUAUUUAUUACUUGCAAAUGAAACUGAUCAGUAUUUCUAGGUAUUGGAGGUGCUGAGAUGACGUCUCCAGAACUUUCAUGUAUCUUCUCUCAAGAGAUGGGGUGGUAAAUUGUCAGCUGGUGAUUAUUUUACAUCUCUGUAGGGUACAUAAUCACAUCCUAACCAUCAUCUUCCUGUUGUGUUUCUUCAACACUGUCUACUGGUUUGUUGCAAUUUCUUAUAUCACCACCUUUUGUCUGAUUCAGUUCUGGCCUCUCUUCUAGUAUAUCUUUUUUUUUUUUUUUCUAUCUAUCUACUACAGCUGAUACCCUCUGCUAUCAGUUCUACGUUUUCUAAUCUCUGCCCACUCUUACAAUUUAUGUGGUCUAUUGCUCCUUGACGUAUAUCUACUGUAGUAGAUAUAUCUUUAAGUAGUUCCUUCUAGUAAUGGAUUCCGUAGGCAUCUUUCUUUGCAUGGUCUAUCAACUAUGCCUUUCACUCUAUGACCUACCUGUUCACUUAAUUUUUAACACCCUUCUGUAUCAGUACAUUUUAAAUGGUUCCAGUUAGGUUUUUGACACGGCCUUUGUUCCACUCCAUACAAUUUGUGCUCCAGAUGUACACGUUUGAGCACUAUUUCCUUAUUUCCAUAUCAGAUUUGACAUCAGUAAAGCUUUUUGGUUGAAGUACACUAUAUUACUUGCUCCUUUCUUGAUUGGGCCAUCCUUUAUUGUCUUUCAUAGGGAAGAGAAGUUACAACUUCUACAACUGUUCUAAUCACAAUUUUGAUGUUUACCAGGUUCCUAUUUGCCACUUGUUCUUCAUAAAGUUUCUGGUAGUUCCACUGAAUAAUCUUUCUGUCAACCUGAAGAGUGACACUUUAUGAAUCUUAACAUUGGUAUCAGAUCCUCUUGUGUGUUUAUUGCUUUUACAAAAGUCCCUAUCAUCCCCCACCCCCCCCCCCCCCCCCCACCCCCUGCCCACAGCAUGUGUGUUAAACUUGCCAGUGGCGAAGAGCUACAGACCUGCCUCACAUCAUUGUCUUUCUCACUCAUAUUUUAUGACUCCUCCUUUAUUUUUGGAAAUAUUGUAAAUUAAUUCUCUCUCUGUAUUCAUCUCAUAUUUGAAAAUUCUUUCUAGGUCUACAAAUGCAAUAAGUUUGUCCUGAAUUAGUCUUCCUUUCAUUAAUAAGUGCAAGACCAGAUUUGGCUCUCUGAAAUGUUUACUUGCUUAAUCUUUCUUCAGUGCAUCUGCUGUUCCAAACAGCAGUGUAUGAAAGUUAGAUGUCUGACUGAUCACCCACUAGUUUUUAAGUUAAUUCAUUGUCACAUAGUAGAGCCCAUUAAAGAAUUGUAAUGACAUGUUCUGCAUUAACAGCCAAUGCAGGCUUCUUUGGUAAAUGAAAAUAAUGCAUUGAGUAUACUUUGGUAGUGUGAUGGCAGCAUCUUUCUGGAAAUAUGAGGGCAGAUUUCCAGUUUAUUCCAUUGGUUUUGGUAACUCAGAAAGUCUCUUACUGAUCCUUGCUCUUUUUUUUCAGUCUCUCAUCAUUCAGUGCUCCAUACUGGAUAAAUAGUUUCAUACUGCCUAACCAUUUUCAGUAAAACUUACCUUCAGUGUACUGCUACCACCCAUCUUUUCCUACUCUUCUCAUCACACAAAACUCACAGUUGAAACAUUCUUUUUCCAUCUUUCUUCAGGCAUUUAACCAGCUCAGAACCAAUUUUUAAUAUAUUCUGAGUGACUGUUUUGCCACAUAAUCUGUUAAAAUUUUUCACUUGUUAUGCAAAAUAAAUUCUUUUGCAUUUCACAAUA